AUGCCAAGACUAGCAAUUGGUCGAGGACGUGGACGAGGCCGUGGUCAAGGCCAGGGAGUUGAUCCAUUUGAUUAUAAUAUGAUGAAGGAAGAAAUAUUGAAUGAAAUCCGAGUGAUGAUGGGCCAGAACAAUAUUCUACAUGAAGAAGAAGACGAAGAAGAAGGGGAUAGUACCAUCGAAGAAGAAAGGGAGAAUACCAACCCUUUUGGUAGAAGACGCCGUGAAGGUAGGAUAAUCCGACGUGACGAUUCUGAGCACUGGAAGGCCGGAAUAAAAGUGGAGGUUCCAGAAUUUUAUGGUGGUUUAGAAUCGGAAGAGUUUCUUUCGUGGUUGAAUACAGUUGAGGAAGUAUUGGAAUUUAAGGAGGUACCAGAUAACAAACAAGUUCAGCUGGUAGCAACUAUGUUUCGGGGAAGAGCUAAUUCGUGGUGGCACAAACUACAACGCUCUCGUAAAGGGAAGCAGAAGCUAGUUUCAUGGGAGAAGAUGAAGAAACAUAUGAGAGCAGAAUAUUUACCACACAACUAUAUCAGCUUGAUGUACCAGCAGCUACAAAACCUACGCAAGGGAACACGUUCUAUAGACGAGUACACGAAGGAAUUUUAUCGAUUACUUUCUCUUAACGAUUUGUCGGAGUCAGAUGAGCAAAGAGUCGCACGUUAUGUAGGUGGCCUCCCUCAGCAAUAUCAGGAUACACUUAAUAUGUUUGACUGUUGUUCUAUUUCGGAUGCACAUCACAGGGCAAGGCAGGUAGAGAAACAAUUGGGGCGUAGAAGUUCAAACUGGGGUAACAAUGUAGCAUCUUCCCAAGGAAGUAAUCGUAGUACAUCAACAAGUAGUACUAUUAAUAAACCUAAUUCGGUGUCGACACCAAAUAAAACUCCAGGAAGCUAUUUUGGAGGCAAGUGUAAUAAGUGCGGUGAGACUGGGAACAAAGCCACUGACUGUCACAAAGUAGAACGUGUGAACAAGGCUCUUUUCAAUGAGAACGACCGUGAAGUAGAUGAAUGGGUACCUGAAUAUGAAGAGGAUCCUGAGGAUGAUGCUGAACCUAAUGAAGAAGUAGUUACAGGAGAUACAGGAGUGAACUUUGUAGUAAGAAGAAGUUUUCUCACUCCAUGUAAAGAUGAGGGCGACAACUGGUUACGUAAUAAUAUAUUCCAGUCGACAUGCACGAUCGAAGGAAAAGUUUUUCGUCUAGUUAUUGAUCCUGGAAGUUGCGAGAAUAUUAUUGACGAAGAGGUCGUGAAACGGUUCAGGCUAGAAACCAAGGCUCAUCCGCAUCCAUAUAAACUUUCUUGGCUUAAGAAAGGGAAUGAGGUAACAGUAAACAAACGUUGCUUGGUUUCUUUUUCGAUUGGUAACAAAUAUAAAGAUAAAAUAUGGUGUGACAUUACUAGUAUGGAUGCUUGUCACUUGUUGUUGGGUCGUCCAUGGGAGUUUGACAGGAAAAUUAGUCAUGACGGGCAUAAAAAUACCUACAGCUUUUUAUGGAAUGAAGUACGUAUAGUACUUGUACCCAGCAAAGACUUAGCAUAUAAACCAUCCACUGGACAAACUACCAAUCUCUUGACGCUUAAGCAGUUUGAAGAUGAAGUUGAAGAUGCAGGAGAACUGUAUGUGUUGAUCAGCAAAGACCAACAACCGGAUGAAAGUAGUAUCCCUAUUGCCGUUCAACCUUUAAUUAAGGAAUUUAUUGAUGUUUUCCCUAAUGAGUUGCCGGACGAACUACCACCUCUACGGGAUAUACAACACCAUAUUGAUCUCGUUCCUGGAUCAAGCCUGCCAAAUAAAGCGCAUUAUCGAAUGAGUCCUAAGGAGCAUGAAGAACUUCGUCGUCAAGUGCAAGAGUUGUUACAGAAAGGUUUAAUCCGACAGAGCCUAAGUCCUUGUGUAGUACCAGCCUUGCUGAUUCCAAAGAAAGAUGGAACGUGGAGAAUGUGUGUUGACAGUCGAGCCAUCAACAAAAUCACAGUAAAAAACCAUUUUCCAAUUCCUAGAUUGGAUGACUUGUUAGAUCAGUUGUGUGGAGCGAAGGUGUUUAGAAAACUCGAUUUGAAGAGUGGGUACCAUCAGAUCAGAAUUCGAGAAGGUGAUGAGUGGAAGAAAGCUUUUAAAACGCGAGAAGGGUUGUAUGAAUGGAUGGUUAUGCCGUUUGGAUUGUCGAAUGCGCCUAGUACAUUCAUGCGUAUAAUGAAUCAAAUUCUCAGGCCCUUUAUCGGUACUUUUGUGGUCGUUUACUUCGAUGAUAUUCUUAUCUAUAGCGUUGAUAUGAAUUUACAUGUUCAACAUCUUCGAAAAGUGCUUUCAACUCUGCAUCGGGAAAAGUUGUUUGCAGCCAUAAAGAAGUGUUCAUUCAUGACUGACCGAGUUGUAUUUAUCGCUAUGUCGUAA